CCCUCCCUCCUUCUACCUUCUCACUUUGUAAACUCCAUCUCUGCCUCUGGACUCUGUCAAGAACAUCAUUCUCUCUCUCUCUCUCUCUCUCUCUCUCCCUCUCUCUUUAGGCAGAUAGGAGGCUCUCUGCUCCGUUUCUCUCUGUUUCUACACACAUUUUGCUAGAAAAGUUGUAAGAUGGCGAUCGAAAACCAAGAAACUACUGUCCGGGAAAUCAAGACCAAGAAUAGGAGAAUCAUGGGUGCUGGAGGUCCCGAGGACGACGACAAUAGGUGGCCGCCAUGGCUGAAGCCUCUGCUCAGGGAGAACUUCUUUGUUCAUUGCAAGUUACACGCGGACUCUCACAAGAGUGAAUGCAAUAUGUACUGUUUGGAUUGUAUGAAUGGCGCUCUCUGCUCUCUCUGUCUCGUCCACCACAAGGACCACCGUGCUAUUCAGAUAAGGAGGUCCUCAUACCAUGAUGUGAUAAGGGUCUCUGAGAUUCAGAAAGUUCUGGACAUUACUGGAGUCCAGACCUACAUUAUUAACAGCGCCAGGGUCGUCUUCUUGAACCAGCGCCCUCAGCCUAGGCCCGGUAAAGGCGUCACCAACACCUGCGAGGUCUGCUUGCGCAGCCUCCUUGACUCCUUCCGCUUCUGCUCUCUCGGUUGCAAGAUUGAGGGGACGUCCGGGAAUUUCCCAAAGAAGAAGAGGCAAUCGGCGGCGAUGGCUUCAGACUCGGAGGAGUCGUACAGUAGCAGUAGCCAUGGCAGGGAGAAGAGCAAGGUGCAGAGCUUCACUCCCUCCACGCCGCCCCCAACUUCUGUUAAUUAUAGAACGGCCAAGAGAAGAAAGGGAAUUCCACACCGUUCCCCGAUGGGAGGAGUGCUCAUUGGGUACUAGUCCCUACACUUUGGCGAAAUCAAUCUAGUGCCCCCCAGAUAUAUACAAUGUAGCUGUCAAGCGUCCAAUGCUCGGAGCUGGAAGGCCGGUCUUGGAUUUAGUAUCCCUCUCUGUACAUAGAAGCAAUAGAAGCGACGAAGUUGGGAAAUGUGGAAAAAUAAGACAAAUGCCAAGGGUUGGAUGGUGAAGGAAAAAAAAAAAAAGAGAUUUAAGAAGAAUAAUAUAAAUAGGUGCUUCUUAGAGUGAUUAUACAUAAGUUUCGGGGUUUCGUUGAAAAAAGUUGUAAAUUGCUUUUGGGUUUUGUUGGUAUUUAGAAAAGGAGGUAGGGGAGGUGAAAAGACAAUGUAAGUCCUUGGGAGGGACAUAAGGGAAUGUCUUUAUAUGGAAGAUGAAAUAAUAGAACUUGUGGUUCUUGUAUGUGUAUAAAUGUACGUAUAUGCAAUGUACUUUCCAUA